CACGGACCGGUCGCCACAAUGAGUCAUUUGAAUUUAGAAAACGUGCCUUCCACAGCCCUGAUGCUGCCGAAAGACGAAAAAGUCGUGGUGAUACCAGCUCAGGGGGUCGGGAAGAUUCUGAUCAGGGAAGACACUAUUCUGGCGGGACUCCAAGGGUGCGCUGGCUGUGGACGGGCCCAGUUCUCGUGCGCUGGUGUUAAAAGUCAGUGGUCGGUACUCUGCUGGGGUAGACAAUCGGACAGGAAAUACUAUUUUUUGGUCACCCUACUGUCUGCAAUCUUCGUGUUAAGUCUCAUUGGCACUAUUUUCUUCUGCUUCACAAAUGCCAUCAACGAUGCCAUAUUAUCUAACAUGGUGAUCAGAAACAACUCGUUGGCCUUUUCAAUAUGGCGGCGGCCUAACGUCCAACCGCUGAUGAAAGUGAGGCUUUUCAACUAUACCAACUGGGAACGAGUGAGGGACGGCUUCGAUGAGAAACUCACCGUGGAAGAAGUCGGGCCGUAUGUGUAUGCACAACAACUGGAACGUGUGAACAUAGACUUCGAAGGAGACCAACUCAGCUUCCAAGAGAGGAACUACUUCAGGUAUAUGCCUGAAUUGACCUCGGGGGCGCAUUUUGACCAAGUCGUCGUACCCAACUUACCACUACUUGGUGUAAUUUCAAAAGCCAAGGAUAUGGAUCUGAACCGUUUCCAGGAAUUCUCCUUGCAGACAGCUCUCAACUUCGUGCAGAACAAGGACGCUUUCAUCAGGCUCCCGGUCCACAGAUUCCUGUGGGGUUAUGAAGACACCAUCAUAGAUUCCACCAAACUGAUACUCAGUCUUCAGGGCAAAUUGAAAUUCAAGCAAUUUGGACUCCUAGCUACGAAAAACGACACCCUAUCAGACAGAAUGACCAUAAACACGGGUGAGGUGGACAAAGACAAGAUGAACCUCAUUGAAAAGCUGGAGGGGGAGGACCACCUCAAUUUCUGGGGAAGUCCCGAAUGCAACAGCAUAGAAGGCUCCGACGGAUCCAUCUUUCCGCCUUCCCAGCUGGACAGAAACAGGACUCUUCACGUCUUCAUGCCCAACCUGUGUAGAAGGCUGCCGUACAUUUAUGACAAGGACAUUGAAGUGGACGGCAUCCCACUCUUGAGGUACCGGCUUCCCUUAGACGUCUUCGACGACCCAGAACACAACCCUCAGAACCAGUGCUACUGCGAGAUUGACACCGCCACUUGUCCCCCGAGAGGAGUUAUCAACGUGACGGCUUGUACUAUGGGUGCCCCAGCCAUGGUCUCAUUCCCCCACUUCUACCUGGGCGACCCUCAGCUUCGAGAGGAGAUCUUAGGGCUCCGCCCCGACCCGGUGCUCCACGACUCUUACCUCGAUAUCCAUCCGACGCUGGGACUGUCACUCAAUGGAAAAUCCAGCCUUCAAAUCAACUUUCAAGUGAGAAAAACCGGUAUGUUCACCUCUCUCGGGUUCCUGAAACAAGGCAUCAUCCUACCAGUCGCCUGGAUAGAAAUGAGCCUGGACGAGCUACCAGAAAGUCUUCGCUCGCUCAUCUAUCACGGCACAUACUCAACCGCCGCGGUCCAAUUAGGACUAACUGUCACUUGCGUAGUGGCUUUAGUAGUCUCCGCCAUUUGUCUAUUAAUGCUUCUCUUUGGGAGGCGGCCGAAGCCGUGUGCAACGUUGAAAGUACCGACGGAAAAAGCGCAGUUUUCGUAAUUUAAGUCUAAUUUGUUAGAUGUUGGAGUGAUUUUAAAGUGACAACUGAUUCGCUUGACUUCUCGGGAGUCUCUGCCUUUUUUUGUUCCCGCCAAAAUAGAUACAUAUUUUUAAAAAAUAAAUGAAAAGAAAACUGUUCUAAGUUUGAAAUCAGCGUGGCGAUAAAUACUAAGCAAAUGAAUACCUUGACGUUUUUUACACCAAGUAGGCACUCGUAGGUACCUAUACUUGAAGUCAAAGAGAGUACCUAGUACUUAGUAAAGGUAACAUACAUUUCGAGUAAAGUACGAUUUCCUUUAAAAUUUGUCGGUUAAAAGAGUUGGUUUGUCAAUAUUAUAUGUUAUAUUGUUAUGUUAAAAAAAAAGUUAUUUUAAAUGAUUCAAUAUGAAAAAAAUAUAAGGCUUGGCGAUUCUGCCUACUGAUUGAAAAAUUGAUCCGCUUUAGUUAGUAAGAGUAUCUACAUAUUUUAUUUAAUGUCAUAAUUAUUUAUUUGUUGCUCUUUAAAAACUGAAAUGAGACUCCGUGUAAGUAUGCAAGCGGUUUUGAAAGCUAUUUCAUGUGAGUGAAGUGAAAAAGAAGUGUAGACAUAAUCCCUAUUAGGUACACCUUUAAUAAAAAAUGAAACUGUCUGUCUGUGACAAAUUCAGGCCUAAAAGACUCUGUACAAUGUCAUUAAAAAGCUCAAGAACAAGUUAUAGAAUUAAACAGUACAUUUAGUAAGAUUAUUAGGAUUUCCCUUUAUCAGAUUUGAAAUUCCCUCGGACAGACAUUCUAGAUCUUAAUCUUAGUGGUAAAUGAAUCUUAUAGGUGCUUAAAAUACUAUUUAACAAAACAUUCCCUUAAUGUAGUGACGAGAUCUAAUAAUUUAAUUUUUUUUAAUAAUAAAAUAAAUAAUUGUGUAAGUAAUUUGAAAGUUUGUCAUUGCCUGUGAGGAUUUACAGCUAAAACGCUUAAUCGCUUUUUUUGUAUGAAUAUGGACAAAUAACGAAGACAAAUGUUGGCAACCCUGGUUUUUCACACAUGAACUCUUGGUACACGGAGAUCCCCCGUACCAAGAGGUAAUUUAAUACCUGAGAUUAUCAUAAGGCUAAUAAACUAAGUAUAACAUAAAAAAAGAAAGAAAAGCUAGAACUUUUGGUCUUGCCAGUGAUUUUUAUCCUAUUGGUAAUUUAAAAAUAUAUAAUCGUAAGUAUGUACUUAGAGUAAUACCGCAUACUUCGCCUUAAAGAUUUUGUUCAUUUCAUUAUGUAGGCAAUAUUUUUAAUUAAAAGCAUGUAUAUUGAGAGAAUUUAUGUAAUUUUUCCAUCAUUAAGCCGAGCAGCUGAACGUGGCCAUUCAGUCUUUUCGGGACUAUUGGCUCUGCCUACCCCGUAAGGGAUAUAGACGUGACUAUAUGUAUGUAUGUUGGCUUGCAAAAUUUGGUAUGGAUUAUUCAAUUAAGUAGAAGGUAUGCAUAUUUUUUUUAGUAUGUAUUGUAUAUUAUAAGUACUUUCUUGAACAAAAACACUUUCACUGGAACAGUCAAUAAGUAAGCGACAACUGCCUUAUUAUUUUUAUACCUAGUUUCAGUUGUGUUCUGCGUGAAGUUAUUUGUGCAAAAAUACAAAAUUAUGUAAAUAUUUUAAAAUUCGUGUUGUUUGAAAUACUUCUAUUUUUUACAAAAGCCAAUUGAAAGUUUGUAAACAUAUUUUUGAAUAUCAGAUGCUUAAUUUUAUUUGUAAAUAUAGAUUUUAAGGUUGAAUUUUUGUAAGAAAGAUCAAUUGUAAGCUCUCUACGUGUUCUGUAAAGAA